GUGCCAAGCUAAUCCGGUGAAGUUUUUUUCAAGCGGAGAAGAUGUGGAAUCGCGUCGCUUCUCAUCACAUAUACAGAUUUUUCGAUUAAACAACGAUUGAUGUGUGUCUCUCACUCAUCUUCCUUCAUUCAAUUACUAAUAAAAUACUUAAAAUUUCCAGAUAUUUCCAUUUCUCUCUCUCUCUCUGUCAACUGCAACAACAGCGACAACAAAAACAAGGCCACCACUUUUCGCUGUUGCUUGCUCUUCCUUUCCAUUAUUGUUGCUAGGGAAAUCUCACAAGAUAGACAGAGACCUGCUUUUGCUUAGCUCUAACUUGGUUCUACUUAUCGAAGUCUAUUUCCUCUCUUUGUGCCUGGAUUCCAAAAUCCUAACAAAAAUCCCACAUGGGAUUGGGGCUAAUUGGCAAAGCAAGGUUGACACAGAAGAACAUUUUCAAGUCUCAACAAUCAGUAUGGAAUCGCAGCUGGGUCUAAUUGAGAAAUCCUUCAACACCAGAUACUCUCCCUGGGUCCGAGAACCUCUCGAGGAAUUGCCCCACAAUUUCACCAUCACUGACCCCACCAUUUCGGGUCACCCUAUCGUGUUUGCAAGCCCUGGGUUCCUGAAAAUGUCGGGUUUUCGGAGAGACCAAGUGAUAGGGAACAACGGCAGGAUGUUUCAAGGUCCCAAGACGAAUAGAAAAACAGUUAUGGAAAUCCGGGAGGCAAUUCGAGAGGAGAGGGCGGUGCAGGUCAGUUUAUGGAAUUAUCGUAAAGAUGGGACGCCCUUUUGGAUGUUGUUUCAGAUGAGCCCUGUUUUUAGCAAGGAGGAUGGCAGGGUCAUUCAUUUCAUUGGGGUUCAGGUGCCUAUAUUGAGAAACAAAAGAUCAACCGAUGAUGGGGCCGAUGCUGCUUGGAACGAGAUUGUUUUUGGUUCCUGCAGGAGAGAGGUUUGCUCCGACUCUUUGGUGGAACUGGGACGUGUUUUGCCUUUGGAUACCUAUACCAACUGUAGAGGAGUAGAGACUGAAGAGCCAUGGGAGGCAAGUGACCUAGAGAAGCAAAGAGCUGCAACUGCCAUUAACAACAUCUUGUCCGUGCUGACCCACUACAGUGAGUCUACUGGCAGACUGGCGUGUGGGAAAAGAUGUAGCUCACCUGCGGCAGGCCUCAUUAAUUCAUCUUUAAAUAUAUCUCUUGGUAGAAUCAAUCAAAGUUUUGUAUUGAUAGAUCCACACCUGCCUAACAUGCCUAUAGUUUACGCAAGUGAUGCCUUCUUAAAAUUGACAGGUUAUGAUAGACAUGAAGUGUUAGGGUGCAAUUGGAGAUUUCUAAGUGGAGUUGGUACAGAUUCCUCGGUUUUGAAUCAGAUACAGGAAAGCAUUCAGGUUGAGCAAGCAUGCACAGUGUGUUUCUUAAAUUACAGGAAAGACAAGAGUACGUUUUGGAAUCUUCUUCACAUGUCACCUGUUCGCAAUGCUACCGGCAAGGUACUUCUACAUGGACAAUUCAACCGAUCUAUUAUAAUCCUCUUUGACGUAUGCAUACACGAUUAUUACUAGUUGUGUCUUGAACACGGUGAAAAAUGGAAAGGAGAAAAGGCAUCCAAUGAUAAAUGAAGUUGGAGGAAAACAAAGGAAAAGAUAGGCGCACGCAACUGCUUAAAAAAUGAUUGUUGGCAAAUUGAGUUCAUUCUAGAUUUCAAGUUGUCUAGAUAUGCUCUGGCCAUGUUUUGGAUCCACUUGUAUCGAAUUUUCAUAUAUUUUUGUUUGGAUAUUCUAAUUCAUACUUAAUCGAAAAAUCAUGCAUUCCAGCAGAUGCCUACACCAAAUUUGAAUAUUGAAUGCUAAGCUCGUAUGCAGUGUUUUCUAGGUGUAUUCCAAGGCUACAACCAUGAGCUAACUUGUACCUAGUAGUUUCUUGUAAGCUGGAAGUGUUAGUGAAGGGUGCCCGUAUUUGUAAUUGAUUAGCACACUAUGAGGAAUGUUUCUUGGACUGCAGAUAAUGGUCACUUACGCUUUGUUUUCUUCUUUAUCAUGAAUGUCAGAGCCUGCAUGAUCUUAGGUCAA